CAAAGUCCCACCACUUGAAUACUUUUUUCCUCCUCCUGAGAAAAUGAGGGUAUUUUCGUCAUUUGAUUCCCAAACUCUUAUCUCUUUGCUCUACGGCGGCCUCAGAAGUCAGAACUCAAAAAACUUAGAAGCCUAAAGUUAUUUACCCAUUUACCCUCAAAUCCACUUCGAAUUUACCAAACCCACCACUAUGCACUUCUUCUAUCUGAACUUCCAACUAUAGCUACCCACACCCAUUAACGCCAUAAUGUCCCUAAGCUUUUCACAAUCUCUUCAACCUUCCAAUUUCCCCUUCACCCAUUCUUACGCUCAGAAUUACAGCUUCUCCCAGUUAUGGUUUCCAAGCACCUCUCUUCCGGACAGACCCAUAUCGACAAUCUCGUGCGUAUCGACUCGACCCAGAAGAAAAGCCACCGUAAGAAACGAUAACUCGGAGACUUUGGAGUUGGUUCGCAUACUCAUCAGGAGUUUCAGUGACAAGGAGCCAUUGGUGAAGACGCUUAACAAGUAUGUCAAAAUUGUUAGAACGGAACACUGUUUUCUUCUUUUUGAAGAACUUGGGAAGAGCGAUAAGUGGCUUCAGUGCCUUGAGGUGUUUAGAUGGAUGCAGAAACAGCGAUGGUAUAUAGCUGAUAAUGGUGUGUAUUCGAAACUUAUAUCAGUUAUGGGAAGAAAAGGGCAAACGAGAAUGGCCAUGUGGCUCUUCUCCGAGAUGCGAAACAGCGGCUGCAGGCCUGAUACUUCUGUUUACAACUCUGUGAUAACAGCCCAUCUCCACUCCAGGGACAAAUCAAAGGCUUUGGCGAAAGCUAUUGGCUAUUUUGAGAAGAUGAAAGGUAUGGAAAGGUGUCAACCCAACAUUGUCACAUACAACAUUCUUUUGAGAGCUUUUGCUCAAUCUCGAAAGGUGCAGCAAGUUAAUGCCUUGUUUAAAGAUCUUGAUGAGAGCAUUGUUUCCCCUGAUAUCUACACCUACAACGGUGUGAUGGAUGCAUAUGGGAAAAAUGGGAUGAUCAGAGAAAUGGAAUCUGUUCUAGCUAUGAUGAAAAGCAAUCAGACCAAACCUGAUAUAAUCACAUUUAACUUACUUAUCGAUUCGUAUGGGAAGAAACAGGAAUUUGAGAAGAUGGAUCAGGUGUUUAAGAGCUUACUGCGCUCCAGGGAAAGCCCAACAUUGCCUACAUUCAAUUCAAUGAUCAUAAACUAUGGAAAGGCACGCCAAUUGGAAAAGGCAGAAGAUGUAUAUGCGAAGAUGACUGAUAUGAAGUACACGCCGAGUUUCAUCACAUAUGAGAGUCUUAUAAUGAUGUAUGGGCUGUGUGACUGUGUUUCCCGGGCUCAGGAAAUCUUUGACAAGUUGUGUGAAUCUAAGAAGGAGAUUAAGCCUUCAACAUUGAAUGCGAUGCUCGAUGUUUAUUGCAUGAAUGGCUUGCCAACAGAAGCUCAUAAGCUUUUUGAGAGUGCAAAGAGUAAAGGCGUUGCCCCAAACGCGUCUACAUAUAAGCUUCUUUACAAAGCUUACACUAAAGCCAACAUGAAGGAGCUUGUGGAGAACCUGUUGAAGCAUAUGGAGAGAGAUGGCAUUGUUCCUAAUAAGAGGUUCUUCUUAGACGCAUUAGGAGCAUUUUUCUCUUCAAAACCAAUAUCAGGCUCUACAAAUUCCACAGCUGCAGAGACAGAGAAAGAUGUAAAAGCUUAAGUUUUUCAUUUACGAGGAUGGAUUAGUUUAUUCUUUAAACAGUUAUUAUUGCAUUAACAUUGGAUUGAGAGGAAAUUCUGCAAAUUCAUGGGGGCAGUAGAGAGAUACAUACGUACUGGUAGUCUGGUACCAUCUCUUUAGUUUUUCAGUGCCCUGCCUAUGUACUUGCUUUUAGUACUUGUUUGUUAUUAUCAUGUAAAUAGUUUGAUCCAUCUAAUUCUUAUUACAUAUAUUAUGCCAUAUAGAUUUAGCUUAAUAUAUACAGCAUUGUUAUCUUCAA